UUGAAAAAACAAAAUACUACCAAUUCCCAAAGAAUCCCUCCUCUUCUCCUCCUCAUCAACAGAAAAAUAAAAUAAAAUCUGUUAUAUAAUCAUUCACUACUCUUUAUUCAGCAGCUACCAAGAAACAGAAACAGCAAACCCUCUUCACGGCAGUGAGUCUUAGAGUGACCAAGUUUUAAAUAUGAGAGAGGGAUAAAGAGAAUGAGAGACCAACAAUGGGCAGCCAGUAGUACAGUUAGUUGUUGUUGUUGUUAGGGUUUCAUCUCAGUCCUAUCUCUUUGUCUUCUGUUUAAAAAAUUCAUUCAUUUACUUCUUCUCUCUGUCUCACUACUAACCCAUUACUAGUACUAUUUUUGGGAUCAUAGGAAGAAGAAGGGAAAAAAAAUGUUACUAACUUGUGAUCCUAAUGAUGGUGAAGGUGGUAUCAAACUACUUGAUGAGUUGACCACCAAUGCGAAACAAAUUCAACAGCAGAUACUAGAAAGCAUAUUGCAACAAAAUGGUGAAACUGAGUAUUUAGGAAAGUUUCUUGGUGAUCAUGUGAUCAACAAGGACACUUUCAAAAAUAAAGUUCCGGUUGUGAAUUAUGAAGAUAUUAAGCCAUACAUUGAAAGGCUUGCAAAUGGUGAACCAUCCAAUAUCAUAUGUUCACAAACCAUCACUGAGCUUCUUACAAGUUCUGGAACUUCAGGAGGACAACCAAAGAUGAUGCCAACCACUUCUGAAGAUUUGGAUAGAAAGACAUUCAUGUACAAUAUCCUUGUGCCUGUUAUGAACAAGUAUGUAGAUGGUUUAGACCAAGGUAAAGGAAUGUACCUCUUAUUCAUAAAACCAGAAAUCAGUACUCCGUCGGGUUUAGUGGCACGGCCCGUAUUGACAAGUUAUUACAAAAGUAGCAAUUUCCGAAACCGGGCUUUCAGCAGGUACAGUGUCUAUACGAGUCCCGACGAGACCAUCUUGUGCUCAGACAACAAGCAGAGUAUGUAUUGUCAGUUACUAUGCGGUUUAAUUCAACGAGAUGAAGUGCUAAGGGUAGGAGCUGUUUUUGCAUCUGCGUUCCUCCGAGCCAUAAAGUUCUUAGAAGAUUUCUGGCAAGAGUUGUGUUCAAACAUCAGGACGGGGAAUGUAAGUACUUGGAUCACUGACCGGGGGUGUCGAACUGCUGUUAUGAGCAUUCUUAGACAACCGAAUGAAGAAUUGGCGGAUUACAUUGAGAAAGAAUGUGGUAAAAAAUCAUGGGAUGGCAUAGUUAAGAGAUUAUGGCCAAGAACCAAGUACAUCGACGUGAUUGUCACAGGGUCCAUGGCACAAUAUAUCCCUACACUGGAUUUCUACAGUGGUGGGCUUCCUCUUCUAUCUACUAUGUACGCUUCGUCCGAGAGUUACUUCGGGAUCAAUGUAAAUCCUUUGAACAAGUCAUCCGACGUUUCUUACACACUCCUUCCAAAUAUGGCCUACUUCGAGUUCAUUCCUGUCGAGAAAAACCAUGACGAAGAAGAAGCAAGCCAAGGGCUUCAAUGCAACGGCCUGUCUGAUAAGAUUUGCAGCUUAGGGGAAGAGGAACAACAAGUGAUGGAAACUGUCGAUCUUGCGGAUGUCAAAGUCGGUCAUUAUUACGAAAUCGUUGUCACCACUUUCACAGGGCUAUACAGGUACAGAGUUGGUGAUAUUCUAAUGGUGACAGGAUUUUACAACAAUGCACCACAAUUCCGGUUUGUGCAUCGCCGCAACGUAGUCUUAAGUAUCGAUACAGACAAAACAAACGAAGAGGAUCUGUUGAAAGCAGUAACACAAGCCAAACUAGUGAUCGAGCCAUUGGGUUUUCUGUUAACCGAGUAUACAAGUUAUGCGGAUACUUCAUCAAUUCCUGGCCACUAUGUUUUGUACUGGGAACUGAAGAUUAGAGAAAAUAUAAACGGUGAAUUGCCUGACGUCGAUACGAAAAUGAUGGAAGAAUGCUGUUCAACAGUUGAAGAAUCACUUGAUUCAGUUUAUAGAAGAUGUAGGAACAAAGAUAAAUCAAUUGGUCCAUUGGAAAUAAGGGUUGUGAGAAGUGGUGCAUUUGAUGCACUUAUGGAUUUUUGUGUCACUCAAGGCUCUUCAGUAAAUCAAUACAAGACACCAAGGUGUAUCAAGUCUGAUGUUGCUAUUAAGAUUUUGGAUUCCAUGGUCAUUGGCAAGUUUUUUAGUAGGAAAACUCCAUUCUGGCAACCUUACACAAUGGGCAUCCCUUUGGAGCAGUAGAAGAAGAAGUUCAACAGGAAUCCCCACAUGUAGUCCUCUCAGUAGUCAGUGUUAUUCAAUGGGAUUCCUCAGAAUUUCUUAGGAAUCCAUUAGAAUCUGGAUUUGUAAAAGCUCUCUCUCCCUCUCUUGGUUCUUUUUUCUUCUUUAUUUUCACCUCUCUUGGAUUGUUUGGAAGACGAUAUUACCCUUAGCUUAUUGUUCUGAAUUAGUUACUAUUGUGUGUGGAAAUCAUUUAAUGUCAUCUAUUUUCAGUUAAUUAAUGAGGGUGUUUAUGUCAA